GUCAGUUCGAUGGAAAAUGUUGAUCGGAUAACAAGUGAGUCGCUCUCGUUCAACAUACCCUGUAACUAUUCAAGUUACUUUAAAUAAUUUCCAUUUGUGUUUUUGAUCGGGUCAAAGAGUUGUGAUUUUUGAAUCGAAUUGAUUGCGAGAAACAGAUGACAAAUCCUUAGAUAGUGCACAAAGUUUGUGGUAAACAUUUUUAUCUUUUAACAAAUUCUCAAAAAAGAAGAAAAAGAAGAAGAAAAAAAAAAUACAAAAGCGAAGAAAUGAACAUAAAAACAUAAAUGGUUAUUUUGUUUGAAAUGAAAAUGAAAUUAAAUUUGAAAAAAAUGCAAAUGAAAUGAAAAUCUGGUUGUCGUUAAUUUAAUGAGUGAUUGCAAGUUGUUAAAGUCGUUUGGUUUGAAUAGUAAUUAAAUCGUUUCGUUGUUGCAUUUAAACAACAAAUUUUAUUACAAAACGGAAAGAAAAUACAACAAAAUGUUUUUUCGGGCGGUUGAAACGUUGAUAUGGUUUUCGGUAGAACAUUUUCGUCCACCAAAAUCAAUUCAUAAUAAUUAUUUAUAAAUUCAUUCACAAUUAUUACAAAAUUACCAAUGAAACGAAAAAAUUAUGCGAUUGAUGGUGAUAUAAUUUUAUUUGCUGUUUGUAUGCCAAUUCCCAGUACAUUAUUGUUAUUAUGACAAAUGCUGGAAUUUGAUUUCCAUUUCUUUCAUUCAUAUCUUUUGUGUAUUGGCUUCUGGUUUGGUUGGCGGGUGUGUGUGUGUGUGUGUGUGUGUUGGGAAAUGUAAACAAAAGUGCGACCGUUGAUAAUACUCCAUGCCAUUGUCGAGCUAAACGUUCAGCUAACACGUGUACGGAGACAAACAUAUCAAAUAGAAGACGCAAUCGAUCAGCUGAUAUUCAAAUUAACAAUCUCAAGUUAAGGGAAUAACAAAUCGAGAGAGCCAGAUUCGAUCACAUUUUUCCAUUUCUUUGCAACGUUUUUUCGUUUUCCAUAUUGAGUAAAAGAAGUCGAGGUGUUGAAAACAGAAGAAAAAAAAAUGUAUCAAAUACAGUGCCUAGCAGUGGUGCUAAUGUUUGGAUUGCUGAAUGCAUCCAAUCCGACGAUAAUCUCAUCGUCGAGUACACCAUCCGCAUCGUUUGACAAUGAGCCUGUGGCUCUGGCAUCGCCACCAUUGACUGAAGACAAUUUCACCAGCGUAUUUCCAAUCGUGUGCACCGCUGAUGGAUGUAUUGAAGGUCGUGCAACACCCGGCUACCAAAUCGACGAAUAUGAAUCAUUCUUUGGCAUACCGUAUGCUGAAGCGCCAGUUGGUAAACUUCGUUUUGCGAAUCCAGUGCCAAAAAAACCAUGGACAGGUUUGCUGAAUGGCAAAUUGGAGCGUAACGGUUGCGCGCAAAAAAAUGUUUUAAUUCCAAAUGCCACAUUUGAUGGUGAAGAGGAUUGCCUCUAUUUGAAUAUUUAUCGACCCACAAAUACAUCGUCCAAGAAAAAUUCAUCUCUUCCGGUCAUGGUUUACAUACACGAAGGUGGUUUCUUUUCGGGUUCAAUUCAUACGCUUUUCCGUGGGCCACAUUAUUUCAUGGACACACAGCAAGUGAUCAUGGUUUUGAUGACAUAUCGUCUUGGUGUGUUGGGUUUCAUAUCCACUGGAGAUGAAGCGAGUCCGGGAAAUUUCGGUCUUAAAGAUCAAACGUUGGCAUUAAAAUGGAUCAAACGAAAUAUCAAAGCAUUCGGUGGUGAUCCAGAUUCGAUAACAAUUAUGGGCGCGUCAGCUGGAGGUGCAUCGGUUCACAUGCAUAUGAUGAGUCCAUUAUCUGAAGGACUAUUUCAUCGUGCUAUUGCAAUGAGUGGACUUGGAACCGCACCGUACAAUGAACCAACUGUUAAUCCAUUGGCACUUGCUAAACGGCAAGCUGAAGUGGUGGGCAUUGAAAAUAUUGAUCAACUUAGCACAGCCGAAUUGAUCGACAAACUUCGUGAUAUCGAUGUUGCUGUACUGGUUAACAGUAUUGGUGAUUUAAAAUUGUGGUCGGUUGAUCCAAUGACACUGUAUCGACCAGUGGUCGAACCAAAAGCUGAAGGUGCAUUCUUGUUCGAGCAUCCGGCAGCUAUUUGGACGCGAGGCGCAUUCAAACAAGUUCCCUGGAUGACCGGCAUCGUACCGAACGAAGGAAAUGUUCGUGCAGCCGCUAUUCUAACCGAUAAAGAUCUUAUUGAGGAUUUGAAUGCAAAUCUCGACAAAUUAUUGCCAAAACUAAUGGAACUCACUGCCGAUUCCGAUAAAUUGCCCUAUAUCACAAAGCGUCUGAAGGAAUUUUACUUGAACAGCAGCAGCAUUAUAAAAGAUUUCAACAGUCAAGGUUUUGUAGAUAUGUACACCGACAGAAGUUUUCACUAUCCAUUCUACAAAGCUAUCGAAGCCUAUAUCAAAUAUGCAAACACCACAAAGAAUCCAGUUUAUCUGUAUAAAUUUGCGUAUAAAGGAUCUCUAUCGUAUUCGCGUGUGUUUACGGGCACGAAUAGAGACUUUGGCGUUGGUCACAUUGACGACUUGAUUUAUCUGUUCAAAACACCAGCGGUGUUCCCUGAAUUUGCAACCGGCUCCGACGCCGCUCAGUUGAUUCGCGCAUUAGUUGGCACCUAUGUACAGUUUGCCAAGCACGGACGUCCAUUGCUUUGGAAUGAUGUGCAUGAAUGUAAAAAAUUCCAUCGUGGUAAUAUUUGCGACUAUCAAGAGUUCCGCAAUUUAAAUGGCGAUUUGAAAUCGAGCAAAUACGAAGUUCGCACUAACAACGAAUUUAACAUGGCCAUGGUGAGAUUCUGGGAUGAAGUGCUUCACAUUUAAAAACCGAAACACAAUUUGUAUAUUCUUAAGUUUUAAUGUAUUCCACAUUUUUCAUUUACCUACUUAAUUUAAGUUAUUAUGCCGUUUUCUAUUUCAUCAACACUUGAACACAUUUCAUGUAGGGAUCACGUUUUUGUGUAAAGGAAAAAAAUUCAACGAACACGACACGACACACAACUAUUUUUUUAUACCAGGAUUUAUUUUUGUUCCUUUUUAGCACAUGAACUAUUUUUUUUAUAUUCAUUUAAUUGUUAUAAUUAAGUUAAGUUAAGCGAGACUGGAAAUAAAAAAAGAACAUAUUUUAUAAGGAAAA